AUUUUUUGGGAGUGCCAUGUGGAAAUGUCGCAUGGUACUCUGAGAGUGUUGAAUAUUUCUCUAGUUGAAGGCUCCAAUGGUGAUGAAUAAUGAAGACUUGGGACCAUCUAUGUCAGUGUAUCUCAAGUGGAAACAUAUAGAAUGGAGAUGUCCAAGGGUAUACUCACGCGGCAAAGGUUCCUUAAGUUUUGUAGAGAAAAAGCAAUAGAUAUCUCUUGUAAAAAGCCUAAGAACCAUGCUUAAAACCUUCUGAGUAGAUGAAGGCAGCAUUUCUCAGGACAUAGUUUUUGAGCUUGUCGUAGCUCUCGGGCUGUGAGUGUUCUUAGGAUUAGUUUAUGGGAUUUCCUUUUUUUUCUGUUUGAUGGUUUGCUACCAUCAUCUAGUUUGCCUCUUGGAUGUGUGUAUAGAUUCUCGGUGUAUGAAAUCGCAAGGACUGACAACCAAUCAACCAAUACAUCAAAGCAAGAGGCCAAAGGAGAAGGAACUAAAGUAGUUUUUCCUUCUCUGAUGUAACUCUGCUGGCAGUUGCAUGGGCAAUACUAUAGAAUGAUUUAUUAAUUUGUUGUCUUCUAGAUAAUGGAAUAACCUAUAAUAAGCCAGCAUGGGGUAGUCACUGACUGGAACAACCCUCAAGCAAGACACAUUGUUUCAGGAUUUUGAAUCCUUGAGUUGGUUUGUCAGCUGUUUGGUGUAAAAUGUAAAUCAUGUUUCUAAUGGCAAUUUUGGUACUUAUACUUAGGAAGGAAUUUUGGAAGAUCUCCUGGAAAGUGGAAGUGAUCCACUUAUUGUAUCACUGAACCAAAUGGACAUGGACAGGACACUCUCUCUGUUGAGAUCGUAUCUUCGUACUCGUCUGCAGAAGAUUGAGAAAUACAUGUUUCACAUCCAUAAAAAUACUGAGCUGUGGAAUCGGCUUUCAGAACAAGAACAGAAAUUCGCCUAAAGGUGCAUUGAAGAUUUGGAAGAUCAUUUUGAUAAGUCUGUUCUGUCAAAAUUGCCUGACCGUUAUAAGUCCAGUGUAAAGCAAUCUGUUAUAAGUGAAGAGGAUGACAUGGCGGGGUAGAGGAUCCUGUGGACCUUGAUCCUGGUGAUCUAUAUGCUGUCCGUUACAAGUCGAUAAAGCCCCUCGUUCACAGUGGCCAAAUAGAGUUGGUGUGAAAAAUAUGGAACCUGCUGCUAACAGAUUAGGAAGAUGGUUCACGCUGGACAGGAAGUGGUAAUGAUAGGGGGUUCACAUGCAUUACAUAGGCAUGAGAAGUUGGCAAUUGCUCUUUCAAAAGCAAUGCGGGGUCAUUCUCUUCAAGAGACAAAGAGCGAUGGACGAUUUCAUGUUCACACAAAAACACAUUUGGACGGUGCUAUUCUUAAAGAGGAGGUGGAACGGUCGGCUGAUAUGCUUGCUGCAGGUUUACUUGAGAUGUCAGACCCUUCACUUUCUAGUAAAUUUUUCCUUCGCCAGAAUUGGAUUGACCCGUCUGAUAGUUCAUCUGAUUCGAUACCAAAGCACAAACCUCUUUGGGCUACUUAUACUUCCAAACGUGACAAGGGCGCAAGAAAAAGAAGACGGCAAAGAAACAAGGAGAUCUCUACCGAACUUACAGCCUUUAUAUAG